AAACUAGUUCUGUUUGCUGUUUGAACAGGCAAAGUUGAUUACUAUGGAAUUAGCAGAUAAAGCUGUUGGGCUGCUUUUAACUGUAACCAGCUUGUCAAUUUUCACAUAUUAUACCUUCUGGGUCAUUAUCCUGCCUUUUGUUGACAGCGAUCAUUUUGUGCACAAGUACUUUCUCCCACAAGAAUAUGCCAUCAUCAUUCCUGUAUUUGCUGGUGUAGCACUUCUCAGCUUCUUGAGUAUGUUCAUUGGAUAUGUGAUGCUCAAAUCCAAGAAGAAGAAGAAGGCAUGAUGCAAUUUCUACACAGUACACUAGCUUUCUUUUUUGGUCUGAUUAUAGGUUUUUUUGGCCAAUCAUACACUAUAAAUUUUUUACAAUAGUUGAAAUAUGUGUUCCCAUUUCUAAACAAUUUUGAAUGCCUCUGAUCUGAUAUAGCUCUCUACGUGCUUUUUGCUGUAAUGGGUUUCUGGAAUAUAACCUGAUCCAUGUGUAUUUCCACUCUCAAUGAAACUUUUUGUUCAAUGUCUAUACCAA